AUGUCCCAACUGCAUGUACACUACAGGAGAGUCAGGCUCCCGCUCAAUCAGUUUGCGACAUCGCAUUCACCAAAUAAGGGCCGUGGGAGAGGGAGAGGGCGCGGACGGCAACGAGACCGCGAUACAGACAAUUCGCUGGGGGAUGUGGCUGUAGAUCUAGUGGUAGAUGGGAUCUGUGGCAUUGAGUUGGAUGCGGCACCAUCGGACUUAGCCACAGAGCUUAUGGAUUGGGCGGAAACUUGCGAUGCGAAUGUUAUCUCUAUAGACUUGCCAAGUGGUAUGAAUGGUGACACCGGCGAGUACUACGACCCCUCAAAAAUCAUCACACCACGCUGGAUAGUGGCACUUGGGCUGCCUGUGGGCGGCUUACGAAGUACGGAAUGCGAAGCGAGGUUCCUAGCGGACAUUGGCAUACCUGCUGCGGCUUUUGAGAACGCGGGUAUCGACGGCUACUCGGUCCAAACAUUCGGUGACAAGUACGUAAUCCCGAUAACGCUGACCAAUAGUAACGAGCAAUAAAGUAUUAAGUAACCAUAGG